UAUAAAUAAAGUUUCUCUCCAUUGAAUCAAGAUGGCGGCCUACACGUCGUCUUUGGCGACAAGAUGUUUAGGUAGAUAUUUAAUAAAACACACUCAAAACAACAUUUGGUUUUCCACGAGCAGCAUUGCAAAAGGCUACACAACAAGCACAUGUAAUCCAUCCACACCACCUUUGACCCCCUUGAACCAAGCCAGGUCAGACACCUCUGCGUCCACCAGAACUAUUGAGCAGCACUAUGACAGUCUCAUCCGCUGUGGCUCGUUAGUGGAGGACACUCAACAAAUAGAUGCUCUACAUCAGCUGGGGCAACUGCAGAAAACCCUGCGAGGGUAUUCCAACAGCAUCUACCUGACUCCACCCAAGUCUAAGGUGAAGGAGGCAAAAGACAGCAACGCAAAGCAACAGAAAGUAAACGAUUACAAACUGAGCAAAACUGAAGGGGAUGAUGCUCCCACAGAAGAGGAGGAGUGCCUGCUUCCCCUACCACCACCCAGAGGGUUCUAUAUCCAUGGUGAUGUUGGCACAGGGAAGACCAUGCUUAUGGAUAUGUUUUACUCUCAUGUGGAUAACGGACGUAAGAAAAGGGUCCAUUUUAACAGCUUCAUGUUGGACAUCCACAAAAGGAUCCACCGGAGGAAACAAAGCACUCCUCAACGGAGGCUGGGGAAAAUGUUCACCUAUGACCCCAUCUCGCCGGUUGCCAUGGAGAUCAGCAAUGAAACCUGUGUCUUGUGUUUUGACGAGUUUCAGGUGACUGACAUUGCUGAUGCGAUGAUUCUGAAACAGCUGUUUCAGACGUUGUUCAGGACCGGGGUAGUGGUGGUGGCCACCUCCAACAGGCCCCCUGACGAUCUGUACAAAAAUGGACUUCAGAGAGACGCCUUCCUGCCUUUCAUCAACGUGUUGAAGGAAUACUGCCAGCCCAUGGGCGUAGACUCUGGAGUUGACUACAGAAGACUGGACCUGCCUUCAGCAGGGAAACUCUACUACCUCACCAGAGAGCCUGAUGCGGAGGCCUUCAUGGAUACGCUGUUUCACGAGCUGGCUGUGAGACAAAACAAUGUAACGGGUCCCAGGGUCCUGACGGUGCAGGGCAGAGAGUUGAGACUGGAGAAGACCUGUGGAAACAUCGCUGACUGUACCUUUAAAGAACUGUGUGAUAGACCAGUUGGUGCUAGUGACUACCUGGAGAUGGCCCAGGCGUUUGACACAGUGUUUAUCCGUCAUGUCCCCAUGCUUACCCUCACUCUGAAGGAUCAGGCACGGCGCUUCAUCACACUGAUAGACAAUUUCUAUGACAACAAGGUGAGGGUGGUGCUGUUAGCUGAUGCCCCUCUGGACAGGCUGUUUGUCCACUCUGGAGGGGAGGACGACCGCGACCGCAUGCUACUGGACGACCUGGGCCUGAGCGGGGAUGUGGGGGACCAUCUGUCUCUGUUCACAGCGGAGGAGGAGAUCUUUGCGUUCCAGAGGACCAUCUCCAGACUGACCGAGAUGCAGACAGAGAUGUACUGGACUCAAGGGGACCGCAGUAACACUACACACACAAAGAGAGGAUCACAGUAAAGUACCCCCAAAGACCUCACAACAAAUGAAGGGGAUGGGUAACCAACAGCAACUUCUCUUUUAGACUGAAGUAUAAUAUAACCAGCAAAAACACCUCAUAAAACACAAACAAUUGGUACAGUAGGGCUCAAUCAAUUAUAUCCCUUUAGACUGGAGUAUAACGUGACAAGCUAAAACACCUCGCAACAGACAGUCAGUCAGAGAGAUAGAGGACUUUUGUGCCCAAAAGUCCAUUUUAGCAAGUAGUCAACUGGGUGGGACUUCUUAUGGGUUAGGGAAGGAUCACAUGAUUCCAUCCAGGUCACCAGGAGGGAUCAGCCAAUGAAUUAGACUUGUGAGGAAACAUUUCAUAACUGCAGGUGGCAGUAAAUCACCAACCUUGUAUUUAUACCUGUUCAAACAACCCACUCUAGGUGGCAGUAAAUCACCAACCUUGUAUUUAUACCUGUUCAAACAACCCACUCUAGGUGGCAGUA